AUGAACGUCCUUUUCACGAGGGUGUUUAAAACUCUGGGUCAGGGACUGAAAUCCAGAUCUAUCCACCAGAGUCCUGUAUGGAGAAGUCCUCUAAUACCCAUAGUCAUCGAACAAACGGGGCGAGGAGAACGAGCUUACGACAUAUAUUCUCGCCUACUUAGAGAAAGAAUAAUUUGUGUCAUGGGUCCAAUUGACGACUCCGUAGCCAGCCUGGUGAUUGCCCAGCUGCUUUUUCUUCAGUCAGAAAGUAACAACAAACCGAUUCACAUGUACAUCAACAGCCCUGGUGGCGUCGUGACAGCAGGCCUGGCCAUAUACGACACCAUGCAAUAUAUCCUUAAUCCCAUCUCCACUUGGUGUGUUGGUCAAGCAGCUAGCAUGGGUAGUUUGCUGUUGGCAGCAGGGACAACAGGCAUGAGGCAUUCAUUACCCAAUGCUCGCAUCAUGGUCCAUCAGCCAUCUGGAGGUGCCAGGGGUCAGGCCACUGAUAUUGCCAUCCAGGCAGAAGAGAUCCUAAAAUUAAAGAAACAGAUAAACAAUCUCUAUGCCAAACACACUGGGCAACUCCUGGAAACAAUAGAAAAUGCAAUGGAGCGAGACCGUUAUAUGAGCCCCAUGGAGGCCCAGGACUUUGGGAUUAUCGACCUGGUCCUUGUCCACCCACCUCAAGCUGGUAAAGAUGAGCCUGAGUUGGUUCAGAAAGAGUCUGGCACAGUGACAAGUCCCUCUGCAAUCCUGGAGUCUCCAGCACCUGAAAAUGCCUCAGCUGGCUCACCCCAAACCAUGCAUCACACAAAAUUGAACUAUAAGUGA